AUGGCCAGUAACAGAACUCUCAACUCGCAGUCCAUCUCCGAAAUCACAGCCAAAGAGAAGGAACUCACAGGUCAAGACCGACCUGUAGCGGGUGGUCCAACAGCCCAAGCGCAAAAACACGCCAACCAGCCCGUCUCCUCCGACGUAGUUUCCGAUGUCGCGCAAGGAGAGAAGAAAGUAACAGGUCGCGAUGUUCCUGUAUCAAGCGGCCCCGCAGCCCUAGCACAGAGCAUCGCCUCCUCCACAGCCAACCCCGUCCCGCAACACACCGGAAAGCUAGACUCACACACAAUAUCCACAAUCCACAGCGCGGAGAAAGAACUGACGGGCCAAGACCAGCCCGUAAAGGGGGGACCCACGGCGCAGGCCCAGAGUCACGCCAAUGAACCCAUCAACAGCCAGAAUCUCCACGACAUUACCGAGGGAGAAAAGCAGGUCACUGGGGGCCAGCGGGUUAAAGGCGGCCCUACUGCUACGGCGCAGAGCGAACUGGGUAAGAGUAGAUCUUAAGCUUAGGAAUAUGUAAGAUAUGGAUGUGGUAGCCUAGCAGUUAAUCUGUUACGGCUUGUGGGAUGUAAGAUAGGGCGUGUUUGGAAUGGUACGUGGUCGGAAUUUACGGAUUCUGAAUGUUUGGACGACUGGCUUGGAAAAGGGCAGGUCGAAAGUACGCGCUAUGAACUUAUGACCUAUAUCACCAGCUUCGCGG